AUGUGGGGGCCCGGCUACAACAAUGGGGUUAUCUUCCCGGGUUACGCGUUGUUCUUAUCAUGCUUCAGGCAGGUCAAGAUAUUCUCUCUGUGCCAUUACCACACUCGCAUGGCCAAUUCCGCGCUCACCCCAUUACCGCAGGUCCACCGCGACAGCCCUGUGACCGAGCCGAACUCUGUAUACGAUGAGAGACUAUACCAGCGCUCAGCCGAUCCGGUGUCGGAACUGAUGGAACUGAUGAGCGCGAACAUCGAGAAGAACGCCCCCGACGCCCCUGAACAGUCCGAGAAAUCGGCAUCAUCUGCUGAGAACGCCAGCCCAAGUGGGGAUCAAAACUCCCCUGACCACCAAUCGCCAGACGAAACAAAUGGGGGUCCGACAACCGCGGACAACCCUGCUGAAACUGCUGCCCCCCACCUUGGCCGAAAUCAACAACCCCAGGUGGAUAAUACUGCUGCUGGGGCAUCACCUGCGGCCCCAUAA